AUGGUCGCCACAAUAUUGGCUGUCAUAGCAUUUAAUCAAUACGAUAUUGUAUCAGAUCUGAUCGAUGCAAGUCCUCAAUCAGUACUCAAGGUUACAUUUAAUAACACCAGCGCUAAUCUCGGUAAUGAAAUAGCGGCUCAAGAUAUCAAUUGUCUCACCAGUGAUCCGGUGGUUAAAUGGACGGCACGUGCGGACACACUGUACACGUUGGCAAUGCUAGACCCGGAUUGUCCCUCACGUGCCGAUCCCUCCCAGCGGUCGGUGAAGCACUGGCUGGUGAUGAACAUCGCCGGCGAUGGCAUACAAUCGGGUGAUAUUGUCAGCGCAUUCAUACCGCCGGCACCCGAGAGGGGCACCGGUAAUCACCGGUACGUAAUGUUAGUCUAUAGGCAGUCGAAACGCUUGACACCGCCGCCCAGGGAUGACAGUGUGACCGCUCGGGUGGGCUUUAAUUGGCGUGGAUUUGUGGCCCAGUAUAACCUUGGUCAACCUGUGGCCGGUAACUUCUGGCAAACACAAUGGGAUCCCAGUGUUGAUGAAUGGAGAGCUGCUAAUGGACUUUAA